UUCUCCCACGAAUCAACGUAAUCAUAUGGAAACACUCCCUUUCGAGUUAACAAAUGGAAUUCAUUUGCAUUACGACAAUGCGCUCUAGUAAUAGUUUUCUGCUCAUUAUCUAAAUACGAAGAUAGGGUAUCUAUACUACUACUCAUAAAUCUAAAGGAAUCGAUAAAUCGAAAAUCUAUGCUAGUGUUCUGCACAUGCUUCGUAAAAGAGAUAUAUUUUUCUUUGUUUAAAGGUAAGAGUUUAAUUCCGCCAGGAAAGCCGGUAGCGAGUUCUCGAAUAAAAAAAUGGGCAUCGUAUCCGCUUAAGUUAUGGAAAACGACUGGUAUAACGUGGGAGUGGUUAAAGUUCAAAUUACAUGCCUGGUGAGCCGCCCCCCUGUACCUCCCCGUCAUAUGAUGGUGAUCGCGUACUUUAAUUUGAUCUUCCGUAAAAGGUUUCUCGCAAAUGUGACACACUAUAGCGUUCAAAUAGUUUUGCAUCUGAAGAGGAUUAAGAACUUCCAUGGGAACAAUAGUAUUCACAAUUUCAUUUGCCCAAUCGGCAAUCUCACGCAAGCGUUUAAUAAACCAUUGAAUACAAUCCUGACCUCGGUAUGAAAAAAAUUUUGAAAGUGAUUCAUCAUACGAACACUUAAGGUAAAAGGCAAUACUAAACGGAGUAUGCUUUUGGUAAAGUAUGGUAUUGGUAUCUGGAAGAUUGGCUUUAUCACAUUUCUCCAAGAUACACUCGAGGUCCGCGUAAAUAGUAAAUGGUACUUUCUCCAUGUUAGAAUAAUGUGUAAAUUUUAGAAUCUUUUCAGAGUCAUUAGGCAAUCGAAUGGAACACUUAUUGACUUUGUGACAUUUAAGCGUAUGCUUUUUUACUAAAUCACUAGAUAAAAAAUGGUUCAAGCAAAUAUUACAGAAGAAUUUUUUAUGUCCUCGGCGGGACAGCUGUGCAGAUAACAAUGCUGACAUAUUUUUAAUCCAUGCAAAAUGGUAGUAGCUGUUACUCGAAUUGUGAACUUUCGCGCUUUUGCUAGGAACCAACACCAAUAAAUUGACAGUUUUUCUAUUAUCAACUUUGCUACUUAACAUAAAAGGAAAUAUAUUUCUUUUAUCUACGCAAUAUAAGUUAAUGGAAAUGUCAUUUAAAUCCUCAAAUAUUUUAAUAUCUGUUAGUUUAAUAGGAAAUUUAAUCGAUCCACGUUUUAAUACUUGAUCAAAAUGAGGAUAAUUAUUUACUCUAUCAGCAUUUUUAUCAACAGGGUACAAAGCGGCGACUAUUGACCACAGAAAACAAAACUGAUCAUUAUUCUUUACGUUAAUAACUGCUCUUUUAGGCUAUGAAAGGAGGAACUUUAACGUAUGUUGAAAAUCCACCUCUAAUGGGUACGUAACUAUUAAUAUUGAUUUUGAGAUUUACGAUAUCCGAUAAUGCCCAACCUGAAUUUUUUUCGGAAAAAGUUUCUAACUUUGUUUGAAUUUUAUCGAAAACGUUUUCUCUGUACCAUUCCUUAAGAUUGGUACCGACAUCAAUCGGCGCAUUUUUGGUCUGGAAUGUUUUCAAGUCUAUAAUACCAGUUUGAGGAUGAAUAAAAUUACAAGUUAAGAUUACGUUUACUUUUAACAUAGAUCGUGUUAAAGCUACCUUAAUUUUGCGUAAAAAACAAUCGUACGCAUGAUUUAUAAAAAUUAGGGGAUCCUUAUAAUCAAAAUUAGCAAUAACACCAGUAAUUAAACGACCAUUGAAGCAGGAGUCUAAUGUGUACCACGCUAGUUUACGUGAUCGAUUUUUAUUGUUGACAUCGAUCCCACAACCCCUUUUAUUCGAGGAAAAAUUCUUUAAUCGCUCUUGUAACGUGGCCAAAUAGGUUUUCAAGAGAGCCAAAUUAUUCGAGUCUCGAAGAAUUUUCAUUCGGAUUAUUCAAAUGAAUUUGAUUAACAAUAGCUCUUUGCAAUAUUCGGAUGUUGGUUUUAGCGAUUGAAAUGUGUUUAACAAUUUCAGAUUUCUUUUUUAAGAGUUUUGCGGAAUGUCGAGUUAGGUUAACGAUCUCACUGCUGAUACUCGAAACAGAUUCCAUACUUACUAUGCUGAUCAAAGGGUUUUAAUUUUUAUCUGUGUAAAUCCUAGAAAUGCAGCACAGUUACCCAACACUUGUGCGAUUAGAUCACCUAGGUGUAACAACCGAGACACCAUCCGAAAGAUACUCUAUACGUAAGUAAAUCUCGGAACAGAAACAGAUCCUCUUUUAUAAGUGCAAAGCAAAGGUUGUUGCACGCGCAUGACCUACUUUCUUCUAUUACUUGGAAUAAUCUUAUCGGCAGGUGUGGGUUUCUUUGACUUUUAACCUGUCUGAGCAAAGUUUACAUAGCGUGAGAGUUUAUCCUAAUGUUACUUAGAAUUUUCUUAUCGGCAGGUGUAAGUUGCAGUUUUUUUUGUUUAGACCUUUAACAGUCAACCUGCCUGGGCAAAGUCUACGUCCCGGGAGAGUUUAUGCUAACGUUAACAAAAUUUUCUGAGUAUAUACCCAUCCCCAUGCCUUACAUGAAACAGUUCACGAAUGGCUACGAUGCCGGCAUCAAAACGCGUGAAACUUUCCACCACAAAAAGUGUUCAAAAAAAAACAAGUGACAAUUUACCCACACUAAAGGAUAUGCUGCAAAGCAACUUAUCCAAAACUGCAGCACAACAGGAAGACAUCAUCAAUUUGGUUACCGAAGACGAGGGUGGUCAAACUGAGAGAACUACAACUACCCAUCUACGGAACAAUAGUACAUACAGUACUCUAGAUGAGUUGCUGGACCACUUGGAUGGUAACAUCCAUCAUGUAUAUGCACCCCAAAGAGUAAUACCCACACCAAAGCUCAGUGACGCAUCGUUGGAGCACGGCCUAAAAACAAGCAGUGUCAAUAACAUACUUCAUUAUCAACAUCAUGCAAGUGCUGCAGCAGCGCCUCCUGCUCCAAUAUUACCCUCAACAUCUACCAGUUAUCAAUUACAUAUCCCAGAGGCAACAGCGCAAAUACUGCAGCAUAUAAUCAUCCCACCACCCCCGCCACCGCCGAUAGAAGAAGAGAAACAACAAACGAGUACCACCACCACAGGUCUGCAUCCUCAACAUGCACAGAAGGAUAUGAAAGUGUUGAGGGAAGUGUUCGAAGAAGCUUAUGAAACAAUCUCCCAGCCGCCUUCAACAUCAGGAGUGCCACAACCUUCAGACGUCGCUCCCUCCUGGUUCGAGCCCUCUACGCCUCGAGAAUUAGGCAGGGCGUCGCUGGCCUGGUUGGAACAGAAGGCGCCGAUAUUUAGACAACGUUAUCUCGAGGCGCAAGAGAAAACCAGGAGGUUGGAGGAGGAAGUUGCGGCAGCACGCCUCAACGAACGACGUCUGGAGGAAGAAGUAGCAUAUAUUGAAAAAUUUGUUAAUUUUUUAAAAUAAAUGUGUAAAUAGGUAAUUAGCUUUUAGAAAAAUAAUGUAAUUUGCAGGUAUAGCUUUUAGAGAAAUAAAUGUAGUUGAACAGACGGUUAAUUUUUUAUUUAAAGGGAAUAAAACGAGCAACCUAUAAUGAUAUAAUUCGUUUGCCAACGAGAAUGGUAAAACGAGCAAUUUAAGUAUAAUUCGUUUGCGUUUUAAGUAUGAGCGUAAAUAGUUCGAUUUUAGCAGUGCAUAAAUACGUAGAUUUAUUAGUGAUCGCAUAGAAAAGAAGUUUGCAUAACGCUUACUCCCACGAUCUUGCUUAAGUAUAGGAGAAUGGCUAGCUGGGGGACACGGCGGGUCUGUAUGGAUGCAGUUAAUGCAUUCUCUAAUACGGUACCCGAUGCAUACACUUAAUAGCGCACGCAAAACCGCGGUCGCCCGCGCCAACCAUCAUUCCUACUAUAGGUGCUGCUAAUUCAGGGAGACUCCGCGGAUAUUAACGAGAUGCAGUAGUAACAUUUUCUCAUGAAAAGCCGACGCUGGUAAUGUAGGAUCAUCGCUUCCGCUGUAUCGAAAAGCAUCGCAGUAAAUCCCGCUAAAUAUACAUUAGGUAUCGGAGCAAUUUUUGUUAGGUUUUAAACAAAAUAUUGUUAACAUUUGUGCUCUACCUUAAAGUACCACUCUUUUGAAUAAAUGUACCAUUAAGUUCAUUAAAAUUACUUAUAUUUAAAUACUACUUGUAGGAGUGAUACGUUUUAAAAAUGUAACUUUAAUGUAGGUACUCUAAUAUUCUCAAUAUAAAGGUGAAAUGAA